AUGAGCAAAUCCAAAAAUUUCUUCCAUAAUCUCAUUAAGCCCUUCAAAUUUGGUUCCACCAGAGAGGGAAGGAGCGAAGACGAUAUACAGAACAUAGCUACGCAGGAGCAGAGAACAUUUUCCUUCGAAACAUUGGUUGCUGCUACCAACAACUUUCAAGCUUUAAACAAACUUGGAGAAGGAGGAUUUGGGCCUGUCUAUAAGGGUAAAUUGAACGAUGGAAGAGAGAUUGCAGUGAAGAAGCUAUCACAUGGUUCAAAUCAAGGGAAGAAGCAGUUUGUUGCGGAGGCCAAGUUGUUGACCCGUGUGCAGCACCGUAAUGUGGUGAAUUUGUUUGGUUAUUGUAUCCAUGGCAGAGAGAAGCUUCUUGUGUAUGAGUAUGUCCCUCGUGAGAGCCUUGACAAGUUUCUAUUCAAGUCAAAAAAGAAAGAAGGGCUAGAUUGGAAACGCAGGUUUGACAUAAUCAAUGGAGUGGCAAGAGGUUUACUUUAUCUUCAUGAAGACUCUCACAACUGCAUAAUCCAUCGGGACAUAAAAGCAGCCAACAUUUUACUUGAUGAAAAAUGGGUCCCUAAGAUUGCUGACUUUGGCCUGGCUCGUCUCUUUCCAGAAGAUGAAACUCAUGUCAAUACACGUGUGGCUGGAACACAUGGAUACAUGGCUCCAGAGUACUUGAUGCAUGGACACUUAUCUGUGAAGGCAGAUGUGUAUAGCUAUGGAGUUUUGGUGUUGGAGUUGAUCACCGGCCGUCGAAACUCAUCCUCUGAUCCGGCCUUCAAUGGAGACAAUCUCCUUAAUUGGGCAUACAAGCUUUACAAGAAAGGGAGGUGGUUUGAAAUGGUAGACCCCACAGUGGCAUCCUCAGUGGAGAUAACAGAGCAAGUUGUAGUGUGCAUUCGAAUGAGUCUAUUGUGCACACAAGGAGAUCCACAACUCCGUCCAACGAUGGGGCGGGUGGUGUUGAUGUUGUCAAAGAAGCCACCAAGUCACAUGGAAGAGCCAACGAGACCGGGUAUACCUGGUUCUAGAUACAGAAGAACAGUACCUCGCAGUCACACCUCUUUUACUACUGAUGAUGAGAAUGAAUCAUCUGCUUCACACGUUGAUUCGAGCAAUUAUGACACUACAAUUGCUACGGCUACCAGUUCUACUUCUUCUGCAACAAGAACAAGUUCUGCUACUGCACAAGCAGAUUUGCGAGGGAAACGUCCAAUGCUAUCUUCAUGA